CAGACAAUUUUGAUCUGUACCAUAAAAAUAAAUCAAAAUUUUAUGGCAUGGCUGCAAUUAAAGUUGGGAAUAAUAGAACUAGUACUCAAGUCAACACGAAAAUUCAGUCACUUAGAUCAAGAUACGAGAAUGAAAAUAAAGAGGAAACUUGA